GUGGUGACUUUCUUUUGAGAGAUUAUCAUAAAUCUCACUUUCCUCCCAACUUGCACCUGGUGCUUGUUUGCUCAAAUGGCUUCCAAAGUGCUCCGAGCGCUGUCGUUGGUGCUGAACUGUUCAAUUAUUUCCCCGAGUGCCAGCCCGGGUUUUGCAGCCACUAAUGAGGCGGCGCUGUGCAUGUGCGCUUCUUCUGUAUUGAGAUAAUUAUGUGUUAUUCCAUACAUUUUGCAUCAAUGCCCACAGCGUUCAAUCAGGGAGAACACCGCGAGUAGGAAAAAUAAUGGAUUAAAAUGAAUAUGAACCCCCUCGGUGCAAUCAAUGCAUACGAUAAGACCCUAUAAAUUACAGCUAUUUCAAGGAUCCCACCCUCGGGAACCGUCGCCCGACGUGGUCUUGACAAUGAUGAGGUUACUGUAAAUGACAGAAAAGCUACGAAACAUAACCUGGUGAGUUCAGAUUCCAGCUCUUCGGGUGUACGUGUUCACUGCCUUUCUGUGUUUGAUGUAAUUGUGAAUUAAAGAGUGUUGGCCAGACAAAACAAACUAUUGGAGGAUAGGAAGGUGCACCUUUAAUGUCAGUGGAGCUGCAAAUCCUCUUCUUGACUUUCCACAUUUGACUUUCUCCCAUGCUCUUUACCUCGGAGAGAGCCUGAGGUGAAGAAUUAAUUUGCCAGCUGCUUUCGGAUGCUGGUGCAUGUUUACGUGUGUGUGUGUGUGUGUGUGUGUGUUUGUGUGUGCAUCCUGCAGGGCCCUCCGUCUUGGGUGGAGGCCGUGUGGCUGUCCCAGGCGAUCCUGUGGGAGACUUCGCUGACAGAUGGGCUGUGUGCAGCUCCACAUAUGGCUGGUCACGUUGCUGCAGCUGCCCCCACAGCGAGGGAAGCAUGUUGGUCCCCGGGUUAAUUGCUGCAAGUUGGCGAUCAGAUGACACUGCAGGUAUCGAUUGGGUGUUGGCUCCUACAUCUCUGACAACAACCAAAACUGGAGGAUGUGUUACAACAAAGCAGGUUAUAGAUUAAGAGCAGAAGAAGACGGACCACGAUGCCCGGUGGCGUGCUGUGCGGUCGAGGCAGUUUGGUCCUGUCUCAACCGGCAGGCCGUCGAGCACUAGCUGCCCUCAGGAUCGGCAGAACCAGAACCUUCUCUGCUGCGAGCUCAGAUGAGCCCUACAUAACUGUAUCUCACGCAGACUCAGGCCCCAGGACCGUCUGGCCUGAUGAGAACAUGGGACCAUUCGGACCUCAGGACCAGCGCUUCCAGUUGCCGGGCAACGUUGGGUUUGACUGUCACCUGGAAGGCAUGGCGGACCAAAAGAAGGCUCCAGUCCACAGGACGGUGCCCGACGUGCUGACGGCCCCAAGCAGCUCCGAGCGACACCAGUUCAUACUGGCCCAGUUUGUUAGUGAGUUCCAAGGAAAUCUGGGUCCUAUAUCCAUGCGAGUCCACAAAGCGGAGCAGUACUUCAACCAGACGGAUGCCGACUGCUCUAUAAGCUCCUGCCCCGAGCUGUUGAGAAAAGAUCUGGAACUGUUGUUCCCGUCAGCGCCCACCACCUCCAUCACAGUCGUGACGGUCGCACAGAGGAGCGGUCGGCGCGAGGAGGAGGCGGCGGCGGCGGCAGCUGCGGCGGAGCCGGACAGAGAUCAGCUGCUGCACAGACAGUUUGUGAGCGGAGCGAAAGAGAUGUGCUUCGCUCUUUGGACUGCAGGAUACUGGGCCGACUUCAUUGACCCGACCACAGGAGCAGCCUUCUUUGCGUCUCCGAGUCAAACCGCCCUGCGAACGGAGGAGGAGCUGGAAAAUCUGGGCUUCCACAUUGAGGUGUCGGGCUCCUGCACCGUUAUUCGCCACAUCCUGAGGGGAACGCCUCUGUUUGUGGGGACUGUUUUCACAAACGCACCGACGCACAGCGCCGCCAUCGCCAGACUACAAGGACUUUCAAAUAUACUGGAAGAUGAGGAAUAGGCUUUUUUUUUAAAUUAUAUUUUAUAUUAAACUAAAUCCAGGCUAAAAGGCCUCUAUUAUUUAUGGUUUGAAGAAGCCUGGAAGCUGAUGUACAGUAGAUUGAGGAUGUGACUGAGACUUGCCAACCGGCCGACCCUCGGUGCUUUAAACUCUAAACCCGACUCGUCCCACAACUACAGCGAGAAACGCACCUGGUGCUUCAUGUGUGAAAGUCUGUGAGAAACACUUUGGAGACGACGUCAUAAUUUCAUAAUAGAAUAUAAGACACAUGAAUGUGUCAUGGAAACCUUUGAGAUUCAGGCAGCUGUAAAGAGAUCUGGAUUUGAUCAGGUCCACACUUUUCAUAUGUGUAUGUAUAGUUUUAUUUUCCUUUUCUUCUCCCCGAUCUGUUGCACAGAAUCAAAUGAAAUGUGGAUCCUGUUUGUGGAGUUGACGCACUGCAGUCGUGUCAGAACUGUGAAAUAAACAAAGAGACUUCUCAUCA